GCCUUCGAUUGGAUAUCUCACAUCAGCAGCAGCAUGAAUACUCUCUUGGUACUGUUCCUCUGCACUCUGCUUCCAACUUUGGGUGCCUUCUUGGAAUGUGAAACUUGUUUUGCUACCAGCAGCAAUUGCACCGGAGGACUAGAGUUCUGUGAAGAUGAUGAAAAUACCUGUGCUAUUGGUAUAACUGAAAAAUCACAAGGUGGAAAAAUAGAGUUUACUGUAGAAAAGGGAUGCUAUUCCUCUGAGAACUGCACAUCUAGAUGGACAUUGGUCACCUUUGGCCAAGGAGAAUUCAUCAGGAAGAGCGCCAACUGUUGCAUGGAGGAAAACUGCAGUGCAGCCCUUUCUCAUUUGCCACCAGUCAACACCACAGCCAAUGGAAAGCGCUGUCCAGCCUGCUAUUCUUUGUCAAAGCCCUGCUCACCAGCAGUAGUAAAUUGUACUGGAUCUGAGAACUACUGCGUGGAUUUGAUGACAUAUACAUUACAUACUGAAAAGAGUAUAUACGUGAAGGGCUGCACAACAGAAUCUACCUGUGCUGGAUUACAAACUGGGAUGUGGAACAUUGUUGAUACAGAUGAUAAAAAAGUUGACUGUAGACCAGCCGAUCAAAGUUCUGCAUUAUCUGGAUCACUCCUCUCUUCUAUCUUUGGGUUCCUGCUAUUCAUAGUCCUCUUAUAACACAUUUUUUUCCAAGGACAUUGUACUGAAGACAAUUUCCUUCUCAUUUCCAAAAAGAUUAAGCCCUAUGUAGGCCACGAUUUUCUUUUAUCUUGGACAUCUGUCUACAGGAUCAACUCCGGUCAACUUCCUUAUUUUUUUCUGAUUGGAACAUUCCAUUGUGUUACUGAUUGUUGUAAAGAAUAUUAGGCCAGAUUUGCUGUAUCACACCAAAGACUUCAACAUCCUCAUUCUCAGUGUUGACAACCAGAUGCUUACAGACAGAAAUGAAUUUCUCAUAAACUGUCCUCCACUCCUUGAA